UCUUAUCUCUUUGUUAUACACUGGUCGUGCUUCCUGAUUUGCCUCUUACGCUUGUGUUUUGGUGUGUUAUAGUGAUUUCUCUUUCUCAAAAUAUACUAAAUUAAUAUAUCUAACGUUUACUCAGUUUCAAUUAUUCAUUGAGAAAGUUAAGAUGUCUGCGUCGGAAGUAUCGUUUAAUCGCAAAAUUAUAUCAGAAGAUUUAUCGAAUGUGGAAUUCGACACAAGCGAAGAUGUGGAAGUUAUUCCAACGUUUGAUUCAAUGGGCCUACGAGACGAAUUAUUACGUGGGAUAUAUACUUAUGGUUUUGAAAAACCAUCAGCUAUACAGCAACGUAGCAUUUUACCUAUCGUAAAAGGGAGAGAUGUAAUUGCUCAAGCUCAAUCUGGCACGGGUAAAACUGCUACAUUUUCAAUUUCCAUUCUCCAAUCACUGGACACAACAUUACGCGAGACUCAAGUCCUAGUAUUGUCUCCUACGCGUGAAUUGGCCACACAGAUUCAAAAGGUUAUCCUUGCAUUGGGUGAUUUUAUGAAUGUGCAAUGCCAUGCUUGCAUCGGUGGCACGAAUCUCGGUGAAGAUAUAAGGAAGUUGGAUUAUGGUCAACAUGUUGUUUCUGGAACACCAGGAAGAGUAUUUGACAUGAUAAAGAGACGUGUCCUGCGUACCAGAUCAAUCAAGAUGCUAGUAUUGGACGAGGCUGAUGAAAUGCUGAACAAAGGUUUCAAGGAGCAGAUCUAUGAUGUCUAUCGUUACUUACCUCCAGCCACACAAGUAGUAUUAAUCUCGGCAACAUUACCUCAUGAGAUACUUGAGAUGACUUCAAAAUUUAUGACUGAUCCCAUCAGAAUCUUGGUGAAACGUGAUGAGUUGACACUGGAAGGCAUCAAACAGUUCUUUGUGGCAGUGGAACGUGAAGAAUGGAAGUUUGAUACACUUUGCGACCUUUACGACACAUUGACCAUCACACAAGCAGUGAUCUUCUGCAAUACAAAGCGAAAGGUGGACUGGUUAACGCAGAAAAUGCAAGAAGCCAACUUCACAGUCAGCUCCAUGCAUGGUGACAUGCCACAGAAGGAAAGGGACAACAUCAUGAAGGAAUUCAGAUCUGGCCAGAGCCGCGUUCUGAUCACAACCGACGUCUGGGCGAGAGGUAUAGAUGUACAACAAGUGUCCCUAGUCAUCAACUACGACCUGCCCAACAAUCGUGAGCUGUAUAUUCACAGAAUCGGUCGUUCUGGCCGCUUCGGACGCAAAGGUGUCGCCAUCAACUUUGUUAAGUCCGACGAUAUCAGAAUCUUGAGAGACAUUGAACAGUACUAUUCUACACAGAUCGACGAAAUGCCGAUGAAUGUAGCCGAUUUGAUAUAAUUUUUUUUAUAAUAAACUUAUUACACAGAAGCACUUUAUAACCAGCACUUUGGCAGAAAUAUUGGUGGAAGGAGCAUUGUAACAUUCUUUCUGUACUUUCCAAGUAAUUACGAAGCGGAAAUUAAUUAUAUUUCAUUAAAAUGUAUUAUAAGUAAUACAAUAUAAUUGAUAUUAA